AUGACGCACCAAUUCGCUGCCCUGUCUGAGGCCCAGAAGAAGGAACUUCAUGAGACCGCCAUGCGCAUCGUCUCUUUGGGGAAGGGCAUCUUGGCCGCUGACGAGUCAGUGGGCAGCAUGGCCAAGCGCCUCGCCCAGGUGGGCGUGGAGAACACGGAGGAGAACCGUCGUCAGUUCCGUCAAAUCCUGUUCAGCGCGGACGAGCGCGUUAACGGCUGCAUUGGCGGAGUCAUUUUCUUCCACGAGACGCUGUAUCAGCACUCGGACGGCGGGGUCAGCUUUGUUAAGAUGAUUCGGGACCGAGGCAUACUGGUUGGCGUCAAGGUUGACAAAGGCGUUGUUCCUCUAGCUGGAACCUGCGGAGAAACCACCACCCAGGGUUUGGACGGCUUGUCAGAGCGCUGUGCCCAAUACAAAAAAGACGGCGCCUCCUUUGCCAAGUGGCGCUGCGUGAUGAAGAUUAGCGAUGCCAACCCCUCAAAGCUAGCCAUCAGGGAGAAUGCCAACGUUCUGGCCCGUUAUUCCAGUAUCUGCCAGCAGCAAGGCCUGGUGCCUAUCAUCGAGCCUGAGCUUUUACCGGAUGGAGAUCAUGACCUGAAACGCUGCCAGUACAUCACGGAGAAGGUGCUGACAGCCGUUUACCAAGCCAUGUCAGACCACCAUGUGUACCUGGAGGGUACACUGCUCAAACCCAACAUGGUCACUCCAGGCCAUGGCUGCAGCAAAAAGUAUAGUCCAGAGGAUGUCGCAAUGGCAACCCUCACUGCCCUGCGCCGCACGGUUCCUCCGGCGGUGGCUGGUGUUGCCUUCCUCUCUGGUGGCCAGAGUGAAGAAGAGGCGUCCGUGCACCUGAACGCUAUCAACAACUGCCCCUUGGCAAAACCCUGGACCCUCACCUUUUCCUUCGGCCGCGCCCUGCAGGCCUCAGCGCUGCGGGCCUGGCGGGGACACAAGGAGAACGAGAAGGCCGCCACUGAGCAGUUCAUCAAGAGGGCUGAGGUCAACAGUCUGGCGUGUCGAGGAAAGUACAAAGGGGCCGACAAUUACGCCGAUUCCGCGCACGGCGUCUAUGGAUCCUGUUAUUCAUUUUAA